AUGGCGGAACUGUUUUGCUGUCUGGCAAUAAAGCCAUAUCGCCCUCGGCGACUUGAUCAUGAAGCGAAAUUUGACCGCUUCGUGCAAUGGGCUAAAUAUGCGUCUUCCGACCCCAGCGACAGCUUUCACCUCGAUAGCAACUUGGAAUACGCCGUACAGCUCGUGAAACAAGCCAACUUUGGGCCGCAAGAGUCAAUCCGAUACUUUACUCCAGCCGGGGGUGACUCCGGGUUCAUAGAGAUCACCGAGAACGACCUUCUUGAAGCCAACUUUAAAAAGCUAAACUCGUACAAAAACUUCAAAUGCGACACACACAACAAGUUUUUCGAAGUCAACUUGUAUCAGAAGAAUCCCAUCAACAAGCACCAUUGGCGAGCGGAUCUUGCACGACCUUCCACAGAUAUCGACUUGCCAUUGAAGCAAAAAGCAGAAGAGAAGCGAUCAGAUGUUGGAGCCGAGUCCAGCGCAUCACCUCCCAACCCAACGUCUGAUGCAUCGAGCUCAAACUCUUCCAAUGCAAUUUUGCAGGCUAAUGAGGUAAGUUGA